AUGAAGAGCUUCCUGUCCAUAGCCAGCACGGCUGGGCUAGUUGCGGGAUCGUACAUUGCUCAGAUCCCCCUUGGUGAUGGGCAAAUCGCCGACAAAGCCUCCCCGGCUGUUGUGGGCUCAAGGAAGGAGAUUGAUUCCGAGGCUCUUCAGGCAACUGUUGACGCGGACAAACUCUUUGACAUGGCAAAGGAUCUGUACAAGAUUGCGAAGCGAUCCGAGGACGAGUACAACCAUCCCACAAGGGUCAUUGGAAGCGAAGGCCACGCUGGAACUCUUGAAUACAUCCACAAAGUCCUCGGGCGCGAUGGCGUACGGGACUACUACGACGUCUCCAACCAAGUGUUCCCCGCCAUCAUCAGCGACGUGAACAACUACCGACUCGUCCUCGGCCAACUGGUCCCCAACUCCACAACACCCUUCCGUGACUUUCCCAAGGAGGUUGCAGGCCGCAUCGUCGUGAUCCGUCGUGGCGAGUGCAAUUACAGCCAAAAGUCGGCGAACGCUGGUCGGGCCGGUGCCGUGUCGGCUGUCAUCGUCAACAGCGAAGAUGCGGUUUUGCACGGCACUCUCGGCGAUCCCCACCCAGACCACGUGCCGACGUUUGGCAUUUCCCUCGGCGACGGCAAGCCUGUAUUGGACACGCUCGAGAAGGGCGAGGCGUUGGACGCCAUUGCCUAUAUGGACGCUGAGCUCAAGACCGUCCACACGACCAACGUCAUUGCCCAAACAAAGGGCGGAGACCAGGACAACUGCGUCAUGCUCGGCGCCCACAGUGAUGGUGUCAGCGAGGGGCCCGGCAUCAACGAUGACGGUUCCGGUACCAUUUCCCUCCUUCAGGUGGCGACUGAGCUCACCGCCUUCGAGGUCAACAACUGCGUCCGCUUCGCGUGGUGGUCCGGCGAGGAGGAGGGUCUCCUUGGAUCCGAUUACUACGUUGAGCAGCUCACGCCCGAGGAGAACCUGGAGAUCCGCGUCUUCAUGGACUACGACAUGAUGGCGAGUCCAAACUUUGCCUAUCAAAUCUACAACGCCACCAACGCGGAGAACCCUGUCGGUUCGCAGGAGCUUCGCGACCUCUACAUCGACUGGUACACGCAGCAGGGCCUCAACUACACCUUUAUCCCCUUUGACGGCCGCAGCGAUUACAGUGCUUUCAUCCUGAACGGUAUCCCCGGUGGCGGCAUCGCCACGGGUGCCGAAGGAGUCAAGACGAAGGAGGAGGAGGAGAUCUUUGGCGGUGUUGCCGGUGACUGGUAUGACCCUUGCUACCACCAGCUGUGCGACGACUUGGACAACGUGAACAUGACCGCCUGGGAGGUGAACACGAAGCUCAUUGCCCACUCCGUGGCCACAUACGCCAAAUCCUUGGAUGGUCUCCCCGAGAGGUCGCUCGAUGUCAGCAAGAAGGCUGUCCCUUUCACACGCAAAGACCUCCUCGUCACAUCCCGCCCCUCUGCCUCGGCGUCCGUGACGUACUUGCCCACCGAGUCGAAGUCGGGCCAUAGGUCAAGGCUGAGGGGUUCGGGGCGCCGGGCCCAGCGGCUUUUCUGCAUGAGCUCCAACUCGGCGGAAGACGAUAGGGAAGAACCGGAGGACGAGGAUUCGAUCGAUGAUUGCCUUGAGCUGGAUUUCGGAAGCGAGCCAUGGCGGCUUUCCCGAAGUGACGGCGUUGUGGCUACGGGUAUCUCGUCGCUUUGGGUGCCGGACUCUGAGGCUGAUAUGUCGACCUGA